UCCCAAUCCCAAUCCCAGUCCUAGUCCUAGUCCUAGUCCGGGUCCCAGGUCCCGGUCCUGGUCUCAAUCCCAGUCUCAGUCCCAGGUCCCGAUACCAAUCCCAAUCCCAAUCCCGGUCCCGGUUCUGGACCCCGGCCCCGCCCACGUGACCCCUGCCCACGUGACCCCGCCCCUGACGCUCGGCCCGGCCCCCCCGCGCCUCGCGCGCAUGCGCGGCGCUUCCCGCCAAAUUCGCUGUGAGGGGGCGCGGGGUCCCGCCCGCCAUGAGCGGGACGGUGCUGGCCGGGACCCCCAUCGCCGUGGACUUCUGGAGCCUGCGCAGGGCGGCCGGCGCCCGCCUCUUCUUCCUGUCCCACAUGCACGCGGACCACACGGUGGGGCUGUCCAGCACCUGGAGCCGCCCGCUGUACUGCUCCCCGAUCACCGCCCGCCUCCUGCACAGCCGCCUACGGGAGAUUUCCGCUACACGAGCUCCAUGCAGGGGGAGCCGCUGCUGAGGGGCCGCCGCAUCGACCGGCUGUACCUGGACAACACGCACUGCCACCCGCGGCGGGCGCUGCCCUCGCGCCAGCUGGCCACGCGCCAGGCCGCCCGCCUCAUCCGCGCCCACCCGCACCACCACGUCGUCAUCGGUGUGUACACCCUGGGCAAGGAGGCGCUGCUGGUGGACCUGGCCGUGGAGUUCAGCACCUGGGUGGUGGUGAGUCCCUGGCGCCUGGAGCAGAUGCGGCUGCUGGAGCUGCCGGAUGUGUUCACCGCCGAGGAGGGGGCCGGGUGGAUCCGCGCCGUGGAUGUCGCCGAGAUCCGCUGGGAUACCCUGGUCACCUGGAACACGCUGCACCCCACCAUUGCCAUCCUCCCCACGGGCAGGCCUGUGAAAGUCACCCACCCCAAGAUCCACCCCAUCCCGUACUCGGAUCACUCGUCCUUUUCGGAGCUGUGCGAGUUUGUGAAGUGGCUGAAACCUUGCUCGAUCAUUCCCAUUGUGAAGGGCAGCAUGUGCCAGGUUUACUUUCAGGAAUACCUGAGCUCUGCCCCCCAGGUACUUCCUGACUUCCAAGUCCCAAAGCCUUUGCCAGAGUCUGUGCAGCAGCAAAGCCAAAGGAGGGGGCAGGACCCCACGUGUCUCUGGAAAAGAGCUGCACGGCAUUCUGCACCCCAGGGGGUUGUUUUUGAGUCCCCAGAGAAAUACACUGAGAAACCUGAAGCAUUUACAGGUGCUGAGAUUCCUCAGCAGCGCCACUGUGAGCCAGCUUUCUGCUCAAAAGAAGGUUGCACUUGUCACAGGGAUGAGGAAAAAGGGAAGGAAAAGCUGAGUGGGGAAGAGCUGGGAGCAGCAGGAGCAGCCACUGCUGUUAGCCAGGCACCUGUUUCCAAGGAGCACUUUACAGCUGGAUUUGCAGAGCAGUAUUUACUCACUCCCUUAAAUGUCUUAAAGCGGAAUUCCUCAUGGACGUUUGACAAGCUGGUACAAGACUUUUUUAGGAGGGGAGAAGUGCCCUGAAAAAUUGUGUGGCACUUGCUGGUGCCAGUAGCAGUGAUUCAUCCUGCUCUCCGUACUCAGGUUUCCUAUCAGGAGAGAGGAGCUCAGCUGUGGGGCUCUACUUUCUUUAACUCUUAAUAGAGGACAAGAGGAAACUAGGACAAGUUUUUAAACAUUACGUUUUUAAAAUUUAUUUAUUUUUUUAGUCUUUCUGCAUCUGCUGAGUCUCCAGUACAGGGGGCAGUGCAGUCCCACUGCCUGUGUGCCUCGUGUCCACCUUUUGCAGUGACUCACCUGUCCCCUGUGACAAAAGAUUCAAGCAGCACUGCAGUGGGUGUGAGCUGCCUUCAGCUGAUGUUAUUAAUGUUUGGAAUGUGAUGAAAGAAGCAAGGAGGGGGAAUCUGAGAGCCCCAAGGACUCUUCUUUCUGCAUGUCUGUGAUGCUUCACUGACUGUGAAUGGUUCAUUCCAAGGUGCAUUUCGAAUGUUUUGUAUUAAGAUACACUUUUUAAAAUGCUGCUUAAAUCUA